AUGUAUUUCCUUCUUUAUGCUAAUAUAUGCAUUAGCAUUUUCCUGUCAUGCACUAAUGCAUUGAUAUUUCCCAAUGUAAACACUCGUGGGUACAAUAGCACGAGAUCCAAUGGCACGAGAUCUGAUGGCAUGAGAUCUGGCAAUAGCCUCAGAAUUCAACCUCUCGGCAACUCCAUAACAUAUGGCUUCUUAUCUAGUGAUGGGAAUGGUUUUCGCCUUGGCCUUCGUAAUCUACUCACAUCUGCUGGAAAUACCGUUCAAUAUGUGGGCUCAGUCCGAGCAGGCAACAUGAGUGACAAUUUCAAUGAGGGUCAUCCAGGAGCCAUUAUCUCUGAAAUUGCCGAAUAUGCAAAAUUAUCUCUUCCCGAGGAUCCAAAUCUGGUUUUGCUUAUGGCUGGCACGAAUGACAUGAACAAUUUCAACAAUGUCACCACGGCUCCAGAUCGACUCAGUGGACUCAUCGAUGAGAUUACUUCGGCAGUUCCAAAUGUUACUCUCAUAGUUGCUCAGCUCACCCCCGCUUCAAACACUACCGUAGAUGCCGCGAUGGUCGCUUUCAAUUCUAAGAUACCGGAUAUCGUUGCAUCUAAAGUGUCCGCUGGUCAAAAGGUUUCCACCGUCAACAUGAUGGACUAUGUCACUGUGAAUGACUUGGUAGAUGGACUUCAUCCAACAGAUUAUGGAUAUCAACAAAUGGCAAAAGCAUGGUUCGCUGGAAUUCAGCAAGUGCAGAAGAAUGGGUGGAUAGAUUCUCCAAUUCCCACUAACGUCACGCUGGCUCUUCAAACGGCGGUCGCAGCUAGUACUGGUACAAGUACUAGCAGCACUCCCAGCGCCAGCUCCACUAGUACCCAAACCACUAGCAUAACUAUGGCUAUUAGCAGUGGCAUGGCCUCUUCUAAAACAGCUUCGGACCGAAAUUUGCGUAGCACCUCAUUUAGCACCGUAUCUCUUUUGGUUUUGGCCAGCUACUUUUUGUACGCCUGA